AUGCAGGCGGGACCGCAGCGGAUGCAGCAUUCCCAGCCGAACAAGCAGCCUGUUUUCAUGCAAAGACAACCCCCGUCGCCUCAACGGCAACAGCAGCAGCAGCCGGAGAGUCCUCAACCUGCAUCCGUGCGGCAGCGGUCGCAGAAUGGUCCCAAUCAGGAGGUCAUGACUUCAGGCCGACCUCUGGUUGGCGGUAGAGGCGGUCGAAAUCAGCCUCCUGGGUACGCGUACGAUCAGCUCAGUCGCAGCGCAGAGCCAGGCGCAAGCGGCCCCCCGCUCAACAAGAUGCGGAGAACCCACAGCGAGAAGCAGAGCAGCGCGGGGAUCGCACGGGCGGGGGGAAGCGGAAGCAGCUCGGGUAGCGCGGCGGAAGAAGCCCCGCCUUGGGCGCGGGGAGUGCCCAGCGGACCCGCGGGUGGCGCAGGCGGAACAUGGGGAAGCGCGGGGGGAGCGAUGGGUGGAGUGGGCAGUCCUGGGCGCGCCGGCGGUGCGCCCCCGCUUGUGUCAAGUCCGCAUUACAUGCAGCAACCGCCGCCGCUGCACCCGCGGUCUGUAUCAGACGAGGACAGGGACAGGAUUUCCGCCAUGAACCCCCCUGCGGGCGCAGCUGCUGCGCGUAUGGCGGCCGCGAGUAGGCUGGCGCAGGCUCAAGCGCAGGCGCAGGCGCAGCGGGGGAACGCGGAGCGGGAGGAUGGAUCCGCGUCUGAUGGGGGGGGGACCGGGCGGGGGGUAACUAGCGCGGGAUACCGACCCAUGCCGCAGUUUCAGCAUCAGAACAGGGGCAUGUUCAAGGCGGAACGGAGGCGGAGCUUGGAUCUUUGCACGGAGAAGGUGGGCUCGCCAGUUAGGGGGGGAAUGCAGCGGAUUGGGUCGGGGGAGGCGCUUGUUCCGGUGCAAAGGGCAGGGCCGCGGUUGCAGUCAGAAGGUGGGGGGAUGGGAGCGGUGGAGGGCACGUGGGAAGCUGGUAGUGGCCAGCAGAAUCAGGCCCAUCAGGCCGUGCAGUUGCAAGGGCAGCAGCAACAGCAGCGCCUGCAGACGCAGCAGCAGCAGGGUCAGAAGCAGCAGCAGCAGCAACAGAGCAUGCGGAGCAGCGCUGCUGGUUCAGGUGCUGGAGGUGCUGGUCCGGGGCAACAGCAGCAGGGUCCGCAGCAGCAGCAACAGCAGCAGCAGCAGCAGCAGCAGCAGCAGCAGCAGCAGCAGCAGCAGCAGCAGCAGGGUCAGCGCAUGAGAAGGCUGUCAGCGUCGUCUGUUGGCUCAGCUGCCAGUGAUGCUAGCGGAGCCUCUGGCGCUAGGGGCGCAGCAGUUGUAGCGGGAUCAGUAACAGGAGUUGUAGCAGGAGCGGGGGAAGGGAGUGCAGGGGCGGAUGGCGGAGAGGGAGGAGGCAGAAGUGGGGGAGGAGGGGGCGGAAGUGGGAGGGAAAUCACUGGAGGGGAAGGGGCAGCAGGGAACAAGCCACUCGUUGCUGCGACUGCUUCACACAUAGAAUCAGAGCCUGCUGGAAAUAUUACCGUGACCGUCUUACGUUCCUCAGGUGCUCCAGGUGCCUCAGCAGGUGCUUCUGGUGCUGCUGCAGCUCGGCUAGACAUAGACCUGUACAGCCCCCUCCCUGGCGGCAGUUUCAGCAGCUCCGGCGUUACCGCUCUUGCCGCAACUGAUGCUCUUAACGGGACUGACAGAAACGAGUCAGCUACUAACGGGGAUGGCGAGCUAGACGCCACAGGAGCUGAAAGCGCGCCAAGAUCGAAAUCCCCCCAAAAAGGCAAGAAAGGGGCGAAGGGAGAAGGGAAGGUGCAGGGGAAAGGGAGGAGAGACGGAGGGGAGGGUUCAAGCGGAGGAUCAGCAGAUGCUAAUGAUUCGAGUGCAGGGGAGGGGGGCCGAGGAGGGGGCAGGGGUGGACAGGGAGGGAAGAGUGGAGGGAAGAAGAAGAGCGGAAGGACCAAGUCAGGGUCUGUGACAGGGAUGGUGACCCACAGGCGGGCAGCGUCUUCACAGGGCCAGGGGAAUGGCGCCGCUGAGAAGGUCUCAGCGUCAGAGGCGGGUGGGGGUGGCAGCAAUGGGGGGGAUCGUAUAAUUUCUGUGCCUGGCGGCACUAGGGACGCUUCUGGUGCAGCUGAUGCCUCUGAUGCUGCGCCAGGUGGUGACGACGCCCUUGCUCUCUACAGGGCCGGAUCCCCGUCCAUAGGCCAGCUGCAGCUGCUGGUGUCCCCAGCUGUCUUCUCACGAGUCAUCAGCUGCAACGCUGCUGCUGCUGCUGUUUUGAGAUGCCCCAGUGAAGACAUGCUGUGGGGCAACUCGCUCUGUGAAUCCCUCUGCCCAGACCACGUGCCUAGAUUCGAAGCGUGGCUGCUGCUGGUGGCACAGAUGGUGCAUUCAGCAGCGCUGCCCCCACACCUGCACCAGAAGCCACCUCCCCCGCUACAGCUCACCCUCGCCAGCCACGCCGGUGCUGCCGUCUCUGUUCAGCUCGUGGCCGUCCCACCCCUCACCCUCUCCCAAUCCACCCCAUCAUCUUCCUCUGCUGCUGCUGCCGCCGCCGCCGCCGUUGCUGCUGCUGCUGCUGCUGUGGCUGCGGGUGGCAGUGCUGCAUUAGCUGUGGCACCGCCUGAGCCUGGUGGUGACAGUGUCACUCUGCUCGUCCGCGACUGCCCCUCCUUACCUGCACCUUCUACUACCUCUGCUGCUGCUGGGAAUCCAACCGUUGGUGGUACUGCAUCUCUUGCUGCUGGUGCUUCUGCCGACACUGCGGUUGCAGUGCAAAAGGGAGGAAGAAGAGCAAGUGGAGGGGGGAGCAGCGGGGCAGUGGGUCUCGCAAAUCUUUACGCUGCUGCUGCUGCCACUGCCGGUGCAGCAGGCAGCGGCAAAAUCCACCCCAAUUUAACCGACCUAUACACCCUUUCCGGACCUCCUACUAAUGCUCCUGCAGCAGCAGGCCCCCCCCUUCCCCCUGGCGCUGCUGUGUCUCUGACACAGCUAGGGGAGGAGGAUUUACAGGUGCUGAAGGCCCUUGUGAGGAAGGAGGUGGAGGAACAGGUGGGGCGGGAGGCAAGGCAGCGGGCAGCGGAAGAGCUUCAGGAGGAGCUAAAGACAAAGCAUGCCGCCCUCAUGGCUUCGCUGACAAGGGAGAUUGCGAUGCCCCUGAAUGCCAUGGCAAGUGUGGCAGACUUUCUUCUCAACUCCCGUGCGCUAACACCUGACCAAAGGUCCCUCGUCCAGCUCCUCCUCUCCUCUGCUGAAAGCCUCUCCCAAACCCUCGCCCGCCUCCUCAAAUCCCCCGAGGCUGACCCCGAGGCUGUUCCCGAGUCUGACGACGAGGAUGACGAGCCUCCGAGGCUGGAGCUUCGGGAAACGGACCUGCACCGAGAGGUGCGCGAGUGCGUGAGGCUGAUGGACGUGCAUGCCAAGGAAAAGGGCCUGGCGCUGCUGUGCGGCAUCGACUCCGCCGUGCCGCAGUUCAUCCUCUCUGACGGCCCUGCCAUCCGCCAAGUGCUGCACAACCUCAUCUUCAACGCCGUGCAGCACACCGACAGGACUGCUGUAGCCACCCUCCUGGAGAGACACACUGACGCAACCUCACCUCUCCGUCAUCAUCCCUGCCCUAAUGGCCCCCCUUCCCAUCAUCCCUGCCCUAAUGGCCCCCCUUCCCAUCAUCCCUGCCCUAAUGGCCCCCCUUCCCAUCAUCCCUGCCCUAAUGGCCCCCCUUCCCAUCAUCCCUGCCCUAAUGGCCCCCCUUCCCAUCAUCCCUGCCCUAAUGGCCCCCCUUCCCAUCAUCCCUGCCCUAAUGGCCCCCCUUCCCAUCAUCCCUGCCCUAAUGGCCCCCCUUCCCAUCAUCCCUGCCCUAAUGGCCCCCCUUCCCAUCAUCCCUGCCCUAAUGGCCCCCCUUCCCAUCAUCCCUGCCCUAAUGGCCCCCCUUCCCAUCAUCCCUGCCCUAAUGGCCCCCCUUCCCAUCAUCCCUGCCCUAAUGGCCCCCCUUCCCAUCAUCCCUCAGGGGCGAUGGGCGAUGCGACAGUGUCAGUGCGCCUGGCGUCAGACAAGGAGGCAGAGGAGCACCGCGUGAAGCAACGCCGCAAGGACAGCGCCGCUGUAGCCACCUUCCUGGAGAGGACAGGCACCACUUACCUACUCUCACGUCCACCCCUCUCCCUCCUGACCUCCCUCCUCUCUGUUAUCGCCUCUCAAAUACCCACUUCUUUCCCAGGGGUGACGUCACAGUAUCACAGGCUGGUGCGGGACACGGGCAUUGGGAUCAACGCAGAGCUACUGGCUGCUCUCAUGCAAGAGCUGGAGAAGGUGGGUGGGGGGGUUGGUGUGGGGAACGCGGACAACGCUGCCGCCGGUGCUGCUAAUGCUGCUGGUGCUGUUGCUUUUGUUGCAUAUUUUCCGCCUUUAUCCAUUCUCACUGCUUCCCAUUUUCCCAAUGCCUCUGUUCUGACUCCCCCUCUCCCGCCCCAUCCCUCCUCCUCAAUCUUCCCCCCUUUUCUCCCCCUUCCAGAGCAAGCCAUCCCCCUCGUCCCUGGCGUCCUUCCUCCUGGGUCGUCCCUCCUUUUCCCGAUGCCCCUCUUCCCGCUCCCCCCUCUCCCUCCCACUCCCCCCUCUCCCUCCCCACCAUCCUUUCCCCCCCAUCUCCUCCAGAGCAAGCCAUCCCCAUCCUCCCUCGCGUCCUUCCUCCUAGGUCGCCCCUUCGCCACCACCGGACUCGGCACAGUCCACGCCCUCAUCUCCCACGCCCUCAUCCCCGCCCCCGGCACCGCCGCCGCCGCUGCCCUCGCCGCCAUCGCUCCAUCAAUCGCAGGAGGAGGAGCAGCCGGGGGAGGGGGAGGCGGGGCAGGAGCCGGCGGGGGAGCAGGAGCGGGGCUGGGGACUUUCAGCAGGUCGAGUAGUUAUUCGAGUGCGGCGGGGGUGGGGGUGGUCGGCGGGUGGGGGGCAGGAGCAGUGCAGUUGCAGAGUGAGGUGGGGAGGGGCACGUCUGUGGUGUGUUUCCUGCCGGUGCCGCUCGCCUCGUGCCAGGACAUCACUCCUGAGGACCUGAAUCCACACCAGCCGUUGGACAUGGACGUGUGGACAGAGCUUCCCAACGCGCGGAUUCUCAUAGUCGAUCCGUUGGACAUGGACAUGUGGAGAGAGCUGCCCAACGCGCGCAUACUCAUCGUCGAUGCCAACGACAUGCACCGGCAGGUGGCGCUCUCCAUGCUGCGCUCCACGGGCGCCAACGACAUGCAUCGCCAGAUGGCGCUCUCCAUGCUGCGCUCCACGGGGGUGUCCUUUGACGUCGCCAGCUCCUCACAGGAGGCGCUCUCGCUCUUUGAACGCCGCCCCUUCGACCUCGUGCUGCUGGACUGCUACUUGAACGGCCCAGUUGAUGGCUUUGCCACAGCCACUCUCCUCCGCCAGCUAGAGGUCGACAUCGCCCUGAAGAAACACCUGCGCAGGAGCAGCAGCAACCGAAGCAACAGCAGCAGAAGCCCCUCCGCUGCCGCCGCGGCUGCCGCUGCUGCAGCAGCUGCUGAGGGACCAGGCACGGUGGUGGCGCGGGCGUGCAUUGUGGCGCUGACUCCAGGGACGGGGAACGAUGAGGAGGAGGAGGAGCGGUGCACGGCUGCUGGCAUGGACUAUUUCAUUCCCAAGCCGCUCCGACUGAGGGACCUGCACAUGGUCAUCAGGCAUCGUCUGGAGGUGCUGGCUCCCUACGUGCUCCCAGGUCACGCGGCCUCCCUUGUUCUCCUGGAAGCAGCCCCAUCCUCCUCUGACGACUCAGAUGAUGAGGAAGAUGACGACGAUGAUCACCAUGAUGGUAACGAGUAUGGCAAAAACGAGGACAGCAGCACUGCCAGCAACUUGCAGGCGUGGAUGCAGGGCCUGGCCCAGGGUGGUGGCUCGGCGGUGGUUCUCAACCAGCCUCCCUUCCACCACCUGGGAAACCACCUGGGCAGUGCGGCACCUGAAGCAGCACCUGACGGGGCACCUGGGUAUUCUCCUGGAGCGGCGGCAGCGGCAGCAGUGUCCGCAGCGGCGGCAGCAGGGGAUUAUGAGGCGCAAAGGCUGUUAAUGGCGAGUGCGAUGCAGUCCCUACCCCCUGAACUUGCUGGGGCUCUGCAGGGCUGUGACCCUGUUGCUCUGGCGAACGCCUUACAGGCUGUUGCUGCUGCUACCGCUGCUACGUCUGACCCGAUGCAGCAGCAGCAGCAGCAGGAAGCGUGGCAGGAGCAGCAGGAGCAGCAGCAGCGGGAGCUGUGGCAGCAGUUUGGCUUGUCGCAGCAAUCUUUCUUGUCUGCUGCUGCCGCCGCGGGUUUGGGUGGUGCUGGCCCCAGUGCUGCCGGCGGUGGGGAGAGUGAGGAUGAAGGUGGGAGUGUGGUUGAGCUGGAUGAUGAUGACGAGGAGGAAGAGGAAGAGCUAGCGGGGAGUGAUAGUGAAGGGUCAGUGGUGCAAGUGCGGGAUCCUAAGAAGCUCAGUGCGAAGAGAUCAGAUAUAGCAGAGCUUCUGGUGGAAUUGGGGCAGAGGGAGGAGGAGAGCAGGAGAGCGCUUGGGAAUGCGGACGGCGGGGGCGGGUCUGUAGUAGAAUUCGAUCCGAACGAGGCCCGUGACUUGAGGAAGCUAAGUUCCAAGCGGUCAGACAUAGCAGGGGUUCUCUGGGAGCUGGGCAGGCGAGAGGAGGAGAUAGAGGAGGAGGAGGAGACGGGUGGGGGGCUGGCCGGAGGAGGGAGAGGAGGGGGAGGAGGCAUGGGAGGGGCGGAGCAGCAGGGAGGGGAGAUGCGGGGAAUGACGAUGCAGGAGAUCUGGGCGCAGGUGUCGGCUCGGGAACGACUGGAGGGCACACGUGGGGGCGAUGAGGGGUGCAGCGAUGAUGAGGGUGGGGGGAGAGGUGAGAGAGAGGGGGCUAGGGGAGGGGAGAAGGAAAGGGAUGAUGAGAGUGAGGAGGAAGAGGAGGAGGAUGAAGAUGAGGACGACGAGGAGGAAGCGGCACGGCAAGCCAUGUUCGGAAUGGCCAAGUCCAAAACGUACACCUCUCGGCAGUACCAGCAGCAGAUACUGGACGAGGAGGCACAGGAGCGGCAGCAAAGAGGAGGGGGGCAGCAGCAGCAGGGGCGUGGGCACUUAGAGUCAAGAUCGCGCUCGUUAGGGCACGGACUGUCGGCAGCAGCAGUGGCGGCGGCGAUGCGACCGAGCAGAACAGCCGUAACUGAGCCUCCCGCCAUGGUGCCUGGGGCUGCUACCAGGGCUGGUGGUGGUCGUACUGCGGGGGAAGGGGGAGAAGGGGGCCCUCCUCAGAUGUCUUACCCUAUCCCUGCGGAGUUUGCUUCGCCGUUCCUCCUUCCCCAGAACUUCACCGCGCCGCAGGUGUUAGCGCAACAGGGGAUGGGCCGGGGAGCGAUGGGAGGGAUGGGAGGAGGGAUGGGAGGGAUGGGGGGAGGGAUUGGAGGGAUUGGAGCAGCGGGCGGUGGUGUGCCGGCACAGUCAGCAGCAGCAACGGCUUUAAUCGCCUCUUUACUCUCCCCACGCAACACCAGCAGUGUGGGUGCCAGUGGGUUUGGAGGGGGUACCAGUGGGUUUGGAGGGGGUAUGCCCGCUCCCCUCUCCCCCCACAUGCAGGCCUUUCAGGCUGCCCAGUUUGGGCUGUUCGGGCAGUACGGGCAGAUGGGUUUUUCCCAAGGUUCCCCAUCAGAUCCCGAAGCUGCAGCAGCAGCCCUGGCAGCCACAUGGCCCAAAGCCAAUGGCGGCCCAGGUCUGCCCGGAUCUCAAAGCUUGGCCGAGCCCGAGCCUAGCCGCCAGGGUCGGCGGUACGAGCGGCUGAGAGGAAGCAGCUCGGAAGAAUCACUCGAGCAGGGGAGUGGGAAGAGAGGAGGGAGAGGAGGGGGUGGCGGCGCUGCUGACAAUGAUGAUGAUGAUGGGGAGAGUGAUGAUGACGGGGAGGAGGAAGAGGAGGAUGAUGAGGAUGAGGAGCCGACUUUGGUACGUACCUUCACAGUGAAAGCAUCUGGGGAUCAGAUCAGGAGUCUGCUCAGGAGUAAAACGUCUGAGAGGGGAAUGAGGGCGGCGGGAGGGGCGGGAGGAGGCUUGGAUGGGGACAGUGACGAGGAGGAUACCCGAGGCUUGGUCCGAAGCAAGACGGCAGGUGCGGGGAAGGGGAUGCAUGCAGAAGAGAUGGUGUCGCUGUCGGCCCUGCAGGAGUUCCAGGGGCGAAUGAGCAACAGGGGAAAUGCCGCUGGUAAUGUUGCUGGUGCUGCUGGUGGUGCUGGGAUGGGUGGGAAUCAGGAAAAGCAGGCAGCAGGAGGCGGGGUAAAGGCGUGGAAGAAGGAUUGGGAAGCGGAGUUUCUAGCGAGUGUGGGGCUGACUAAAGUGGGAGGCGUGGUGCAACCACAGCUAGGAGGACGUGGGGGUGGGGUUGACAUGGGGAGGGGGGGACAGGGAAGGUAA